CCCAGCAGCACCCAAAGCCGCCAUGAGGAUUAUAGAGCUCGUGAUCGAUGGCUUCAAGUCGUACGCGGUGCGCACCGUCAUAUCCGGCUGGGACGCCUCCUUCAACUCCAUCACCGGUCUCAACGGAUCAGGAAAAUCAAAUAUUCUCGACGCAAUAUGUUUCGUUCUCGGUAUAACAAACAUGAGUACUGUCCGCGCUCAGAAUCUUCAGGAUCUCAUAUACAAGCGCGGACAAGCCGGUGUCACCAAAGCCAGCGUCACCAUCGUAUUCGACAACCGCGACAAAUCCAACAGCCCCGUAGGCUUCGAAGAACAUGCACAGAUUUCGGUUACUAGGCAGGUGGUUAUGGGCGGCGCAAGCAAAUAUCUCAUCAACGGUCACCGCGCGCAACAACAGAGCAUACAAAAUCUCUUCCAAUCCGUGCAGCUCAACAUCAACAAUCCCAACUUCUUGAUUAUGCAAGGUCGUAUAACGAAGGUACUGAAUAUGAAAGCCGUGGAAAUUCUGGCAAUGUUGGAGGAGGCUGCCGGAACUCGCAUGUUCGAGGACCGGAGAGACAAGGCUUACAAAACCAUGGCCAAGAAGGAAAUGAAGGUCCAGGAAAUAACGGGGCUGUUGCAGGAGGAAAUUGACCCAAAGCUGGAGAAGCUGCGGACAGAGAAGCGCGCAUUUCUGGACUUCCAACAGACUCGGAGCGACCUGGAACGCUUGACUCAACUCGUUGUCGCCCAUGACUACAUUCGAUACAAGGAGAAAUUGCGGCAAUCUGCCGAUGACCUCGAGGCCAAGAAGCAGCGGGCAACUGACCUGGAAGAGUCUGCAGUCCGGAUGAAGAAGGAAAUCGAGUAUCUUCAAGAGGACAUCAAAAAGGUCAAAUCGACUCGGGAGAAGGAGCUGAGAAAAGGUGGCAAGUUCCAAGAGCUGGAGGAGGAGGUCAAGACACAUUCCCACGAGAUCGUGCGAUUGACUACCGUACUGGAUCUGAAGAACACGAGCAUGGCCGAGGAAACAGACAGAAAGAAAGGCAUCGAAAAAAAUGUCAGGGAUCUCCAGAAGCAAUUGCAGGAAAAGACCAAAUUAUACGAGACGCUCCAGGAAAAGUACAAAACCGCCCAUGACGAUCUCCUCAAGCAGACCGAGGAAGUUGAGAAGAAGGAGGAGCUCCUUCAGACGCUUCAAACCGGUGUAGCCUCGAAAGAGGGCCAAGAAAGCGGUUAUCAAGGCCAAUUACAAGAUGCCCGGAAUUUGGCCAGUGCUGCAGCAACCGAGCAAGAACAGAAUAAGCUCAAGAUUGCGCACUUGGAGAAGCAGAUUAAGGAAGAUGAGCCAAAAGCAAAGAAAGCAAAGGCGCAGAACUCUGGCUUACUCAAGGAACUUGAAGCUCUCAAGCUGCAGGCCAAGAAGCUCGAAGCCGAGUUAACGAAGAAUGGAUUUGAACCUGGGAAAGAGUCCGAGCUUUACCAACAAGAGUCACAUCUCCAAGCCAGCAUUCGUGAGCUGAGACAACAAGCGGACGGUUUGCGCAGAAAGGUUGCCAACAUCGAUUUCAACUAUAAUGAUCCCUCCCCGAACUUUGAUAGGUCGCGUGUCAAAGGGCUGGUUGCUCAACUGUUCACACUCGACAAGGAGCACACUCGUGCAGGGACCGCUUUGGAGAUCUGCGCUGGUGGUCGUCUCUAUAACGUGGUCGUUGACUCUGCUGACACUGGUACCCAACUUCUUCAAAACGGGAAACUUCGCAAGCGUGUCACGAUCAUUCCACUCAACAAGAUAUCAGCAUUCAAGGCAUCAGCCGAGAAGAUUGGGGCCGCACAGAGAAUUGCACCUGGCAAGGUUGACCUAGCUCUUUCGUUGAUAGGAUACGAACGCGAGGUCAAUGCUGCCAUGGAAUACGUGUUUGGCUCGACGUUUGUUUGUGAAGAUGCCGAGACAGCAAAGCGAGUGACUUUCGACCCUUCUGUGAGGAUGAAGAGUGUGACCCUGGAAGGCGACGUCUAUGACCCUUCCGGUACCCUGUCAGGUGGAAGUGCACCCCAUUCCAGCGGGGUGCUCGUGACAUUGCAAAAGCUCAAUGAGAUCUCCAAGGAAAUACAAUCACAGGAGCGGGAACUCGACGUGCUCCAGAACACUUUGGCCAAGGAAAAGAAGAAGUUGGAUGCCGUGCGGAAAACAAAACAAGAUCUUGAUCUCAAGACGCACGAAAUCAAGCUCACAGAGGAACAAAUAAACGGCAAUUCGUCAUCUUCGAUUAUUCAAGCAAUCGAGGAGAUGAAGCAGUCGGUUUUGCAACUCAAAGAAGGCAUCACGAGCGCUAAAGCUAAACAAGAUGAAGCUUCGAGAGAGAUCAAGCGAAUCGAGAAGGAUAUGAAAGAGUUCAACAGCAACAAAGGAAGUAAACUUGCCGAGUUGCAGUCGUCUUUGGAUAAAUUGAAGAAGGCACUCAGCAAGAACAACGCCUCUAUCAAACCGCUCCAGUCCGAAAUGCGGGAGGCCAUGGUAGAUUCAGAGCAGUGUGGAAGCGAUCUGGCAGCUGCCCAGGAACAGCUGGAAGAUGUGCAGACAACUCUGAAGGCCCAACAAGAAGAAAUCGGCAACUUGACCGCUGAGCAAGCUCAAGUAAAGGAUGCUCAUGACAUCGCCCAGGCCAAUCUUUCCGAUGAGCAGGCUAAACUCACGGGGUUUGACGACGAACUCCGUGCUCUAGACGAAGCUAUCCGGUCGAAGAACUCUUCCAUUACCGAGGCUGGUCUCGAACAGCAGAAACUGGGCCACGAGAUCGAACGUUUUCAUAAAGAGCGGGAUGCGGCUUCCGGAAACCUCGAGAACCUGAAGAAGGAAUUCGAAUGGAUAGAGGACGAAGCCGAGCUGUUUGGUCGCCCUGGGACGCCCUACGACUUCAAAGGCCAAAACAUGAACGACUGCAAAGCAAGACGAAAAGCCAUGGAUGAGCGACUAAAGAGCAUGAAGAACAAGAUCAACGACAAGGUCAUGGUCAUGAUCGAUAGCGUGGAGAAGAAAGAGGCUAGUCUCAAGAAGAACAUGUCUAUUGUCAUCAAGGAUAAGAAGAAGAUAGAAGAGACCAUUCUCAAACUUGACGAGUACAAGAAGGAGGCUCUACACAAGACGUGGACCAAGGUCAACGCCGAUUUCGGACAGAUUUUCAACGAACUGCUACCUGGCAGUUUUGCCAAGCUUGACCCUCCGGAGGGCAAGACUAUUUCUGAUGGACUCGAAGUAAAGGUUAUGCUUGGUAAGGUGUGGAAACAGUCUUUGACGGAGCUGAGUGGUGGCCAACGUUCGUUGAUCGCAUUGUCACUUAUCAUGGCGCUGCUACAAUUCAAGCCUGCGCCAAUGUAUAUUCUAGACGAAGUCGAUGCAGCGCUCGAUCUAUCGCAUACGCAAAACAUCGGCCGGCUGAUCAAAACGAGAUUCAAAGGCUCACAGUUCAUUGUGGUCAGUCUCAAAGAUGGCAUGUUCCAGAACGCCAACCGGAUCUUCCGCACAAGAUUUGUUGAUGGCACCAGUGUGGUCCAAGCCACGACGGCGGCCGAUAUGAAGUAA